GAACGUUGCCCACUGUGUCCACGCCCGAAUCCGCGGUCGCGGAGAUGAAGCUGGCAAUCGCUGCAUUGGGUGAGGAUCCGCCCCGUUACGAGUCCGGCAUCAUCCGGGUCGAGGUUCCAGUACGACAGAGAGCUGAUGCCAUAGACUGGCUUCAAGCUCAGGAAAAUCUACCUCUCUGUUAUUUCUCUGGAAGAGAUCAGAAAAUGAAUCUCAACGGGUUAGCAGGCAACGGGAGUUUCAGUUACAGCACGAAGGAUCAUAAGCUGAUCAGUGUCGCCGGUGUGGGCUCCGCUGUGUUCUUCCAGAGAUUUGAUCAGUUUGCGCUACAAGAUUGGAGGUGCAUUAAAAGAUUUCUCUCUAAAGGUAGCCCUCUAAUUCGUGCCUAUGGAGGCAUCCGUUUCGAUGCAAAGACAGAUGUUUCUUCUGAAUGGAAGGAUUUUGGUUCCUUUUACUUUCUCAUUCCUCAGGUAGAGUUUGAUGAGCUUGAAGAUAGCUCCAUGCUUGCUACCACUAUUGCUUGGGAUGACAACCUUCACUGGUCAUGGCAAAAUGCAAUGGAUGGUCUUCGAGCUAGAGUUCAUCAGAUAUCUCCAUAUGUUAAUAAGUUAAGGAAGUCGGUCCAAAAAACAGCCAUCGUUAGUUGCAGUCAUGUCCCUACCAAAAUAACUUGGGAUGUUACUGUUAGUAAAGCAUUAGAGAUGAUAAACAGAAGAAACUCAGAUCUGAAAAAGGUUGUAUUGGCAAGAUGUAGUAAUAUUGCUACGGAUACAAACAUGGAUCCAAUAUCAAUGUUAGCUUGUUUGCAGAUGGAAGGUCAAAAUUCCUAUCAGUUCUAUAUUCAGCCACCAGAUUCUCCGGCGUUCAUUGGGAACACUCCCGAGCAACUAUUUCAUCGGAAGUUCCUCAAUGUAUCAAGUGAAGCUGUGGCUGGAACCCGUGCCAGAGGUCUAACCAAGAUUGAAGAUCUUCAGAUUGAACAUGAUUUACUUUCCAGCCCAAAGGAAGAUGCCGAAUUUACCAUUGUACGAGAGAGCAUUAGAAGAAAGAUGAAGACUAUUUGCAGUGGUGUAGUUGUGGAGCCAAGCAAAGCAAUCAGGAAGCUUCCUAGGGUUCAACACCUUUCUGCACAAUUAUCAGGAAAAUUAAGGAGCGAAGAUCAUGAGUUUGACAUUUUAGCAUCCCUUCACCCAACUCCUGCAGUAUGUGGAUUGCCAAGAGAAGAGGCGCGCCAAUUUAUAAUAGAAAAUGAAAAGUUUGAUCGAGGAAUGUAUGCUGGGCCUGUUGGCUGGUUCGGAGGAAAUGAAAGCGAGUUUGCUGUUGGUAUAAGAUCAGCUUUAGUGGGAAAGGGAUUUAGCACAAUAGUUUAUGCUGGGGUCGGGAUUGUUAACGGAUCUAAUGCAUGCUCAGAGUGGGAAGAACUAGAUUUGAAGGCAUCCCAGUUCACAAAAUUGUUGCAAAGUCAGGAAGCUUGGCACUCGCUAUAGAAGCUUAAAGAAUCGGACAAAGCCAAUGAAUAACUCAAGUAAUAUGAUGAAUAAUUCAUGCUUAUGUGGUGAGCUUGUGGAUUGAAAGUUUGGUUUAAGUUGAUGAUGCCCAAUAUUUGUGUUGAAGAUCACUGGAGAAAUUGCAACUUUCUGAUGCUGCCAUCUGAACUGAUAGUGUACAUCAUUAGCAUCAGGAUAGCAUCAAGAUGUUCUAUGUUCCUUUUGCCUACAUAUUCCUUGAUUUCUUGUAUAUUUACACGCGGGAACUAGGGACUGUAACAUCUUGUUCCUUAAUGACAGUGUUCUUCUAAAUAAAAUUUAAAUAAUUUCUGUGUGUCGAUUUCUCUC